GCCGGACGCCGGCUGCCGAGCGGACGGGGCAUCCUGCGGCUCGCGCGGCUCCAGCUGCUCGCGCGCACUGUGCUGCUGCUGCCGGGCAACGGAGAGGAGCAGAGAGCGAGGCCGGCGGAGGGGCUCUGACAAGCGGACACGACACCAGGACAAUGGCUGCCAACAUGCGCAUCCUCAUCAAGGGAGGGAAGGUGGUGAAUGAUGAUUUCACCCAGGAAGCAGACGUCUACAUUGAGAAUGGCAUCAUUCAGCAGGUUGGAAAAGAGUUGAUGAUACCGGGCGGGGCCAAGGUGAUCGACGCCUCUGGGAAGCUGGUGCUGCCGGGCGGCAUAGACACCAGUGUGCAUCUGGAGCAGACCUUCAUGAACGCCAGCAUCCAGGAGGACUUCUACAGUGGGACCAAGGCGGCUCUGAUGGGUGGCACCACCAUGGUGAUGGCUCUGGUCCUGCCUGAACAACACUGCUCCCUGUUGGACGCCUACGAGCAGUGCAGGGCCCUGGCCGACGCCAAGGCGUGCUGUGACUACGCUCUGCAUGUUGGCGUGACCUGGUGGGGCCCGAAGGUGCGCAACGAGAUGGAGACCCUGGUGAGGGAGCACGGGGUGAACUCCUUCCAGAUGUUCAUGGCCUACAAAGACAUGAUGAUGCUGCGGGACUCCGAGCUCUACCAGACACUGCAGACCUGUAAGGACAUCGGGGCCAUCGCACGCGUCCACGCCGAGAACGGGGAGCUGGUGGCUGAGGGGGCCAAAGAAGCUCUGGAUCUGGGCAUCAGUGGACCAGAGGGAAUCGAGAUCAGUCGACCAGAAGAGUUGGAGUCUGAGGCGACUCACAGAGCCGUCACCAUUGCCAACAGGGCUCGCUGCCCCAUCUACCUGGUGAACGUGUCCAGUAUGGCUGCUGGGGACAUGAUCAGUGCUGCUAAGAUCCAAGGUAAGGUUGUGCAUGCAGAGACCACAGUAGCUCACGCGGUGCUGAAUGGGAUGCAGUAUUACCACCAGGACUGGUCACAUGCCGCCGCCCACGUCAUCGUCCCUCCUCUCCGCCUCGACCCCAACACACCCAACUACCUCAUGGGCCUGCUGGGCAAUGACACUCUGAGCGUCGUGGCGUCGGAGCACCGUCCAUUUAGCACCAAGCAGAGAGCUUUGGGAAAAGAGGACUUCACCAAGAUCCCUCAUGGAGUGGCUGGGGUCCAGGACAGGAUGAGUGUCAUCUGGGAGAGAGGAGUGGUUACAGGAAAGAUGGACGAGAAUCGUUUUGUGGCAGUGACGAGCUCUAACGCUGCGAAGAUCUACAACCUGUACCCCCGCAAGGGCCGCAUCAUCGCCGGGGCAGACGCCGAUGUGGUGGUCUGGGAUCCAGAUGCAACAAAGACGAUCUCUGUGAGCACGCAGGUGCAGGGCGGAGACUUCAACCUGUACGAGGGGCUGCGCUGCCACGGCGUUCCUCUGGUCACCAUCAGCCGCGGACGCCUGGUGUGUGAGAAUGGCGCGUUCAUGUGCGCAGAGGGAUCUGGGAAGUUCUACCCGCAGCGCACUUUCCCUGACUACCUCUAUAAAAAGAUGGUGCAGAGAGAAAAGACUCAGGGUUACAAAGGAGUCGACAGGGAUCCAUACUCUGGGGACGUGGCCAUGGUGGCGAACACUAUGAAGAAGGAGCUCGGUUUGGGCCCCAUCGAUGGAGAUUCAUCCAACAAGCUCGUUCCCCGGGCGCACCAGGGCGUCCGCGACCUUCACGAGUCGUCCUUCAGCCUCUCUGGCUCCCAGGUGGAUGACCACAUCCCCAAGAGGUCCUCUGCUCGGAUCCUGGCCCCUCCCGGCGGGCGCUCCAGUGGCAUCUGGUAAUCGCCGGUGACGACCUCCAACCGUCCGAGCCUCCUCCAUGUUUUGUAUAUUUCUGAGCAACCAGGAAAACUGCACUGAUUUUCAAUCGCAGAAUUUAAGUUGAGUGGGGAAAAAUAAAUUCCAGCGCUUUGUCUGCGAUUAUUGACAAACUAACUGAAGAUUUGCCAAAGUGACUUUUACAAAUCUAAUUUGUGUCUUAAUUGGAGUGACUGAUCGAUUAAUUACACGAGAGUGAAGGGCUACCUAUGAAUUUGAAUGUUCUGCCAAAUUCCAGCUGACCAUGCUAACAUUGAUGAAGUCUGCUCAUUAUCACCCUGCUCGUAUCCCGCGAAAAAAAAACUAAACAAACUGUGAAAGAUCAAAACCAGUACAGUUUUUGAUGGUUUGAACUGAAGUGAUGUCGAACGAAUUAUUUAAAAAAUAGUAAUAACUGGAUUCAGUGACAUAUCUAUUAUACCCCCGUCACACACACAAGCGUACAGUUCACUGUAGACACCAUAGCUUUAGACUCAUGACGAUGUGUGUGUGGAUUCUGUUUGUGAUUAAACCGCCCGCCGUGCUCGGCUUCCUGCCGCACCGUGGGUUUCCUCUAACAGUGUUUUUCUUUCCAAUGGACGAACUGUGCCGUGUGGUGAUGACAUCCAACUGCUUUGUUCAACCGUGUGAUCUUACAGCUACACUCGCAGUAAGAGCUGAUCCAUCCUUAUACCUCACUGCCUCUGACUGAACAACACAUUCCCCACAAACAUCCCAGCCUCACCUGUAACAAAGCAGGUUCUGUAGCCUCAGUGGAACAAUACAACCUGUGGGCUUUGAACUCCUUCAGCUCCGGUCCCACGACAGCUGCUGUCAUGGAAACCACGGCUUGUAUCCUGGUAUCUAUCGACCUCGCAAGGUGCUCUAGACCCUGAGGAGACGUCAGUUCAGUUUGUUAAAAGAAGGAUGUUGAGCGUGUGAUUUAAAGAUCAGAGUAAGAACAUAAACAGAGGAAUCAUUGCUGCAAACACCAGGGUCAUGUUUAUCAAAAUGUGAGUAAAACUAAGUGAAAUCAAAUAUGCUCACACAGUUUUAUGCAGUGAACUAUUUUAAAUCCCACAUAUUCUCAUUAAACAGCUCAUUUGCACAAAGAAAUGUCCCAAAAAUAAUCUUAACGAUGACGAUCACCAGUAUCUGUAAACAGGCUGAGCAGCUUUAAAGCAUAGUCAGCCAUCUUUUAUAUUUUUAUUACUGUCAACAAAUCCCAUGUUGUCGUCGGUACUGGAUCUGACUGUUUGAGUCUCUCAGCUCUGCAGCUUGUUCGAGGGAUCGACUCAAAAUAAAUUACAAUGUGUGUGGAAAUGGUUGCAAAGAAAAAUGUUGUGUGUGAUGUGUAUUUUAUUAUAUUUUACCUCCAUGGCACGUAAUGAGCAAUAUGAGGCUUUGACUGUACAGAUGAUUUGUUAAUGGGACCAAUUUAUUCCUUGUUUUUAGUCUUUUCAUUGGGAUUUAUUGACAGUAAGAAAAAUCUAGAAAAUCAACAGACAUUUCCUUCAAUUCAAGAAAAACAGGGGGGACAAAGAAAAAUGUGAUUAAAUUAUAAUAUUGAUUCUUCAAAUAGUCCUCUCUGUUUAGCCUCUAAUUUAGAAAUAUACCUGUGAUAACAUUUGUCUAAAGUUGUUCUAUAUGUGUGCACAUUACCAAGCACAAGAAUAAUAGAAUUAGUCCGAUUCCAUGUGGGAACAGUGGAUAAAUGAGAUCCUGCAUAUGGAGCCCGACAGUGAACUUCCUCUGUUUUUGUAAAGUGUGAUUGUUGUAAGAGCAGCGUGUCUCCUCAGAGCAGAAAGAUUGAGCUGCGCAGGCUGAAGAAAACCACGAGUCUCAUUCCUGCCUCACAGUAUUAUAUUUAUACAUGAUCACAUAUCCCUGCCUGUGUACUAUCUAUUUAGGGUGUUUGUUUUUAUCUUUUAGUUGAAAGAGUAAAUGUGCCAAUGUGAAUCACCCGUGCCACACCGACACCCAUGCAUGAAGAGCACCGCGAGGAGACGGAGGAGUCGAACGCCACAGGUUCACAACAACUGGUGCUGUUUUUUUUUACGAUAACCUACGACGGCUACGUUAUUUUAUUGUUGGACGGUUUUGUUGUGUUGAAGGCACUGUGACUGGUCAGUGUGUGUUUGUAGACUGUUGUUGUGUUGGACAGUGAACCUGUUGAAUCUGUACGUGGCUGCUUGUUUCUUACCACAAGAAUAACAGCAAAGAAUAAAGUGAAAACAAAACCUC